GAGAGGAAGAUUAGAUAACAAGGGUGAAGUGUCUCUGUAAUCAAACACGCGCACAGUAGUAAUUGUUGACUUGUACGUAUGUACGGCAUGAACUGCAGUUUGUUCCUCUCCACUGGGCGAAUUCUGUGUCAUAUGCACAACGCAACAUUCUAAAAAGGAAGGAAGUGUGAAUGUUUCCCCCUGUACCGAAUGGGGACUUGCAAGAAUAUCAUCAAGGUGCUGUGGGCGUUUCGAAGCACCGUUCUUCUGGUAGCGAUACCACUACUGGCUUCGCCUCUCCUAAUUGUUGUUGGAGAUAAUGUAGCCAAAUGUGGCUGGGUAGUGAUCGUGAUGGCAGGCUACUGGACCUGUGAGGUGGUCCCCCUAGCUGUCACGGCCUUCCUUCCCGUCCUGCUCUUCCCGCUUCUUGGAAUCCAAGACUCCGAUGAUGUGUGCCGUAACUACUUGAAGGAUACCAAUUUCCUUGCCAUGGGUGGUCUGAUGGUAGCCGUUGCCGUGCAGCAUUGGAAUCUACACCGGCGCAUCGCCUUAGGGGUCUUGCUUCUGGUUGGGACCCAGCCGAGAAGGUUGAUGUUGGGUUUCAUGAGUGUGACUGCUUUCCUAUCCAUGUGGAUCAGCAAUACCGCCACCACGGCCAUGAUGGUGCCAAUUGUUCACUCGGUGUUGGCGCAGAUGGUCAAGGCAGAUCAGAAAGAAGAUGACACCAAGAAGAAUAUUGACGCAGCCUCUGUAAGAUGUGACGGCUCCGAGCUAUUGGAAAUGGAAAAAGGAACUCAGACACCAGGAGACGACACGAUGUUACAUUAUGCGACAACCUCCGACGAAAUGGCAAACAUAGGGUGCCUAAGAUUUAGAGAAACGGAUCUGGAUAAACACCAGGAUGAAAAGGCGAUUUUGGAAGAGGCAUACAACACAACUGGUUCUCCGGAUGAUGUCGCAUCUAAGCCGCAAGGAGACAAUGAAACGGGCAAUGAAAUCGACUUCGCUUCGCUGCCACCAGCGGAGAAUCGGAUGUGCAAAGGCAUGAUGCUGUGCGUCUCCAGCGCGGCAUCCUUCGGUGGUACGGCAACACUGACUGGCACGGGGACCAACUUGGUUCUGAACGAAGUCGUACAUGAUUUGUACGGGGAUGCCCCUGGUAUCAACUUUGCUGCAUGGAUAGUCUUCGCUUUGCCGGCAAUGGUCCUCAGCGUGUUCUUCGCUUGGCUCUGGCUACAGUUCUUCUUUGUGGACAGAAGCUUGCUCGGCUGCUGUCGGGAAUUUGGCGCCUGCUGCUCGUGCAGUGAGCAAGAUAAAUCGAAGGGCGCCAAAAUACGGGAGGUGAUAAAAAGACAAUACGAUGCUCUUGGAACCAUGUCGUGGGCAGAGGUCUGGGUGCUUCUCCAUUUCAUAGCCUUGGCCCUUCUGUGGUUCACUAAGGACCUUGCAUUUAUUCCCGAUGCUACUGGAUGGGCGGGGCUGUUUCCAGUUUCAAAAUUUGUGACGGAUGCGACUGCAGUCAUAUACAUUUGCUUUUCUCUGUUUGUUUUCCCAUCCAAGCUACCAAAUAUAUUCUGCUGGAGGGACAAUACCAAGCUCGGACCACGUACGCCACUGCUAACCUGGUCCGCCGUGCAGAAGAAGCUGCCGUGGAACGUAGUGCUCCUCCUUGGUGGUGGCUUUGCCCUGGCAGACGGAUGUAAGGUGUCUGGAUUGUCUCAGUGGCUGGCAGACCAGUUCAGGGUCCUCCAAGGUAUCCCCGCGCCAGUCCUUGUCCUCAUCAUCACAAUCAUCAUCUGUCUCUUCACGGAGGUUACCAGUAACGUUGCCACGGCAACCAUCUUCCUGCCCGUCCUUGCAACCUUGGCUGAGAGCAUCUGUGUGAAUCCACUAUACAUCAUGAUCCCUGCUGCCUUGGCCUGCUCCUAUGCUUUUAUGCUACCUGUGGCAACACCGCCCAACGCUAUCGUGUUUUCCUACGGCACGGUCACCGUGUCUGAUAUGGCCAAAGCCGGAGUAGUGAUGAACAUCAUCGGGCUGAUUAUGGCCAACGCUUUGAUUAAUUCUCUGGCUAUACCCAUGUUCGACGUCUUCAGCUACCCCUCCUGGGCGGACAACUCGACCUGUGUGGCCUAGCCACAGCUGAUAUUUCUUUCCUAGCUGCGAUGGCUAAGGAAACAACAGUGGGCGCUACGCAAAUGACGUAACCCUUCUGCUUAUGAAAUUUAAUCAUUUAUAUAAUAUCCAAGAUUUGCUGUCUAAUGAUAUUCCUGUAUUCCUGGGAUAAUGUGACCUCAUACACCUAUCUCGAAUCGACUUCGACUUCAUAGGAUUGCAUUUUUGAUUUUCAUUGAUUUUGUGCUGUUUUCUCUUAAAAAAAGUUAUAUAUUAAUAUAUUCGAGGCUUUCGAAGGUGGCAAAUUUGCGCCCUCUCUGUUCGCGCACGAAGCCGAUAGAGGUGCUUCCGCUCCUCAGCAUCAACUUAAACCACAAUAUUGAGAGAUGAUUGAUUUAAAUCCACGUGAUACGUAAAAUCCCUCCGAGUUCGCUGUACAGUUAAUUGAUUCGUUAUUCCAGCAUAACCCGCCCUUCUAAAGAGGCAUGAUAAUGUUGCCAUGGUGAUCGAAUAGAAUUAUGUUUGUUUCCAAUCCGUUGUAAGCUAAUGAUCAAAAUAAUGCAAUAAUAGAAAUACUUUUUUUCCUUGCGCACACGUAAAAGAACAUUUUAAUUCACCAGCCGCACCAACAAGGAAAAGAAACUAGUAAAACAACGGAAUAAAUCAGACUGCAUUGCUCGUUGUACAUUUCAACAGUUUUUUUCCUUCAAGAACUGAGAAAACUCGUGUUUAAGUAGGAGUUGACAUGACAGAGAGUACAUGUACUUUAAAUAUUAAAGGUAAUACAUUGAACCUGCACUUUGUCUCAUUUUUUUUUCAAGCGCCGACUGGUCAACAUGACAUUGAUUCACAGGAUGUUUCAUACUAUUGUUUACUUGAAAUCAAAUGGGCUUUUUCAUAAUACUUUGGCAGAUUUGUUUUUUGAGUGUUUGCAAAUUAUCCUAUGGGCUCCGUGCGCAAACAAAGAGGGCGCGUUUUUACCACUUUUGAGAACCCCGUGGACGGGAUACACAGCGUGUGCGCACUGUACUCAACCUCGUGCCCCGUGGGUACGAUCUUGCAGCGCCAUGUUGUUUCCCAUCAUGCCUUGCGCGAUUGUAA